UCACGUGCUUAAAAUAUUUCGAAAUUUUCUGAUGUAUUAUAUAAGUCAUGUUAUCAGGCAGUACUAGGCAUAUCGGCUUCACUGGGAACACUGUCAUGGCUUUCUCAAAACAAAGCUUCUUCGUUGUGGUAUUGUCCAUCUUCUUUCUUCUGGUGAAGAGUGAAUGGACUACCGUGCGACCUCUAGGAGACUUAGAGUAUAAGUUUGAUUCAAUCACGCGGACAAUGGAGAAAAUGCCAGAGGGAGGAGGGAUGGCGUGGUACUCAAUCCUGAUGCAGGCACCAAAUACUGCAUCCCCAAUUAACACAGACGACAGGUUAACAUGGCGGAAAGUUGCUGAGGGACCUGGCCAAGGAAUUUCACGCUUUGAAGCAAAACUGAACAACAGCUUGGCGAGAGAAGGAUACAGAUUGCCUAAAAUAUGGUUGUCAGCUGGUAGUGAUGAAUUUUCGUUUCAAAUGACCGAACGUUCGCCCCAGGGAAGCCAAACAAAAUUCAAAGGAAAUUCAUGUAAAUUUGGGGUACAGCAGCGACCAGAGUCAGGUGGAAGAGUAAGUUUCAAGAUCCUCUUGAAAAAUUGCGACUCUGUCCCAUAUUUUUAUCCGUCGCUUCAAAAGGAUGGACAACCUUGGAUGGGCUACCUCGACUAUUACACGCAGACGGAGGAAAUGACGUCAGACCUCGACAACAUCAAGUUUAGAACAUGCUCUAUUGACAAAGCGGCAAUUCAAAAUGAAGGCUUAACCCUGAAACUUGAUUUCAUUUUCUCAUUAUAUGGUGAAAAGUUUGGAGAAGAACUUCUAGUCGGUUUUAUGUAUCGGUACAAUAUAAUACAAAUAUAAACUGUCCAGUCUAAAUGUAAAUUUACAAUGGAAGCUGAAAAAUAAAAUGUGUCUACGAAUAGAC